CACAGGAAAGCAUACGGACGUCGGGUCGAGGGAUUUGAUAUCGGUCCCUCGUCUUCUGAGGAUAGCCAUAAAAGAUCGAGCCAACGGGUCGAGACAAAAAAACUUGAUCUGAAGAAGUGAGAAAGAGAAUUUCUGCCUGAAGGUUCCAGAGAUGGCUGACUUGAGGGAAGUCACAGAUCAGUUCAAGUGUCCUGUGUGUCAGAAACUGUUUGAAAAACCAGUGGCCAUUCCGUGUGGACACAACUUUUGCCAAGUGUGCAUCUCAUUCCACUGGGAUGCCAACAAGACCUGCGAUUGCCCAGUGUGCAGGGAAGUUUUCACCCCGCGACCUGAGCUGCGGGUCAACCAACUGAUCUUUGCGAUGGUGAAAGCCUUCCAAGUACGACGAACAGGAUCUGAGAACUACUGUAAUGUUGAGUCGCCGGAUGUCAACGUGGCGAAACCCAGAGUGAACUGUAAUGAGUGCGGAGAUCAACAGGCAGUCAAGACAUGCCUGGUAUGCACUCUGUCAUACUGCAACACUCACCUGCGGCCUCACGUGACAAUACCAGGCCUGCAGACGCACCAGCUGGUCGAGCCAAGGGAAAACAUGUCGACACAUAAGUGCUCCAAACACAAGAAGCUGCUGGAGUUGUUCUGCCGGACUGACCAGAUAAGUGUGUGCAGCAAGUGCUUCGUCGAGGACCACCAGUUUCACGAGACCGUGCCCAUGAGAAUCGAGUACGAAGCCAAAAAGGCGGAGGUCGCCACGGUCUGCCAGCAAUUCCAGGAGCAGAUUGUGAGCAGACAGCAGAAGAUGAAUCAGUUGAAACUCACACAGAAGCGAAACGAUGAGGAGGCAAAGCGGGAGAAGGAUGCCGGGAUGGCGGUCCUCACUGGCCUGAAGACCUUGGUCAGCGACAGCACGACCAGACUCAUCGACACCAUUGAAACGAAACGCAACACCACUGACAAUCAAGUGCGAGGUUUCAUAGACGAGCUCCAGAGGGAACUGUCUGAUCUCCAGGGGAGGAAAUCUGAGUUGGACUACCUCAACACAACCAAUGACCCAGCCCUGUUUCUAAAGCGCUUCCAUAUUCUGAAUGCUGACACGCCGUCCAAAGACUGGAGCCAGGUGUCCGUCUCCACGCCGACGUACAACGGCACUGCUGCCAAAACGAUCGCAUCACUGGAGGAAAAGAUCAGCCUCAAGACAAAACAGAUCCGUGAUUCUCAGCUGAAACAUCUUCAGCAGGUGAUGGUGAACAUCACCCUGGAUCCGGAGACCGCGAACCCCUGGCUUAUCAUCACCAACAACAGGAAGAGAGUCAGCUGCGGUACUACUUUCCAGAGUGUCUCAGACAACCCCAAAAGGUUCACUUUUUACGCCAGUGUGCUCGCACAAGAGAGCUUCACCUCCGGGCAGUUUUACUUUGAGGUGAUCGUUGCAGGGAAGACCAAGUGGGACAUAGGCGUGGCCAGGGAAUCCAUUGACAGGAAUAGACCAGUAGCGCUGAAUCCUGAUAACGGAUACUGGGUCGUGUCCAUGAGAAAAGGCAAAGAAUAUCGGGCCGCAGGUGACCCUCCCAUUCGACUCUCACUGCCUUCGAAAGUGCAAAAACUGGGCAUUUAUGUGAACUGCGACACCAAUCUGGUCUCCUUUUACCAUACUGACGCCGCCAUUCUCAUACACACGUUCUCUGGUUGCUCAUUCACUGGGAGGAUUUACCCAUUCUUCAACCCCUGCAACACCGACCACAACAACAGCGCCCCCAUCAUCAUCACGUCUCCGAAGUCAUCAUGAUGAGACACAUCCGAAGCAGGGGUUCUGUCAAAGAAUAACAAUCGACUCUGGCCACCCCGAAUGUCUUGCAAUUUGUUGUCUGUGCUGGGAUUUAAAAACUGCAGUGAAAUGUAUUGUUGUUGGAUUAGAGAUCACAUUAUUGUGCUUAGGUUGUCUUGGUAAAUUUGAUGCUCUGAUG